CCCUCGUUGGUUUUACCAUUCCUGACGCCUGAAAUGCCAGAUCUUGUCAGAAAAUUGCUAGCACAAUUCACAUAAUGGAUUCUUCUAGUCCUCCGUCUUCUACGCCCUUCGGCAUCGACAAUAUCCCGUUUGGUGUCAUUUCCACGCGCGACAACCCCGCCCCCAGAUGUGCCACCGCAUUCGAAGAUCAUGCCGUCGAUCUCAGUUGUUUGGAAAAGGAUGGGCUUUUUGCCUCUAUUCCGGGGUUUGGCACGGGUGUUUUCUCGCAGCCGAAUUUAAACACCUUCGCAUCCCUACCGAGGCCCAUCCAUGCUGAAGUCCGAAAGAAACUGGUCGACUAUCUGGCCUCCGCGGACAUCAGCAGAGAGGAACAGCAGAAGUCCUUUAUCCUGCUCAGUCAAGUCACAAACCAUUUGCCCAUGAACACAGCCAACUACACGGACUUCUAUUGCUCACUGGAACACGCCCGAAAUUGCUCCGAAGUCAUCGGCCUCGAAGUCAACCCAAACUGGUACUGCAUUCCCUCAUGCUACAACGGACGAACCUCCAGCCUCAGAAUAUCCGGCGACCCGAUCCGUCGACCCUGGGGCCUGGAAAUGGGCGUCUACGUAUCCAAGCCUCUCCCGGCGGGCCAGAUCCUGGACAUGCGCCAAGCCCGGGAUCAUAUUUUCGGAUUGGUGCUCUUGAAUGACUGGUCGGCGAGAGAUAUUCAGGCGUUUGAAAUGAACCCGCUCGGUCCGUUUCAUAGCAAGGGGUUUGGGACGACGGUUUCGCCGUGGAUCGUGACGAUGGAGGCCCUGGAGCCGGUGGAGUGUGAGAGGGUGGUGGUGCAGGAUCCCCGGCCAUUAGGACAUCUUGCUUGGAGGGGGGUGAGUGAGCGGGAGGCGAUUGCGGUGGAGUUGUCGGCGAAGAUAUUGAGGAACGGGAAAACCUACCACGUCACGACGACCAAUCUCAACGAGCUAUACUGGACUCCGUAUCAACAGUUAACUCACCUGGCUAGUGCCGGGGAGGGUCUAUGCACGGGUGAUAUUCUCGGAACGGGGACGCUGUCGAGUAGUCGCGUGGGUCCGACCGGAGAGAAAAUUGGUCUUGCAUGUUUACUUGAGAGGGCUAUUCCCAGGAACAUGCUGAGUGCCUUGAAGAGUGAUGGCAUUGUCUUCUUGGAAGACGGCGAUGAGGUUGUUUUCGAAGGCUGGUGUCGUAGUCCUCAUAGUGGCAAGUGGUUUGGAUUCGGGGAAUGUCGUGCUGUGGUUCUUCCGGCUUUGGAUUUGAGAGAAGUAUAACAUAGUCGCAGCAGCGGGUGUUUGGUACUAGUGGCAUGAUAUAUAAACCAAGUACUAGUUUAUUGGAAUGUUCUGAAAAGUAUUCGUUGAAGAGAUUGCUGUUCAACUUUUUGAUGGCAGAUGCCCAACUACAAAAAAUACUCAAGCAAACCCGUCAUUUCGGUCAUUUUUCAAAG